AUGGACCGCGAUCUCUAUCACCCGGAGCCGCUAUUCCUGGAUGGCGCCUUGAACCUCCUUGUGGCCACCGCGCCUUUUCUGGACGGCAGUAGUUCAGCCAGCCUGUACACCGAAUCACUGGUGAAGCGAGAAGAAACCCAUACGGCGUACAUUGACAACCUUCUCAACGCCCACCCCCCUACCAUGUCAACACUCUUGGGCCUUUUCCCAGUAGAGUACUGGACCAAUGCUUCGACUUCCUCCACAAUGGACGAUCUCAUAACGGACCCGAGCAUUAUUGCAACCGAUAACAAUACCAGACGGGGACAGAUGCAUGUCAGACUGACGUGGAAGCGCAUAAUUCCCGAAUGUGCAUCACAAUCACCCGCGAAGGUAACUCAACACCUUCACGUCGACGAGGUUGGGUGUGGUCGUAUCCUUCAUGACGUGUAUCUCGGUAUAUUUCAGCACGAGGACGUGCAGCGGCUGCUCUCAGAUAUCAACCUGCACUCCAUGUCAAAAGCUUCGCUCCUGCGCUAUCACCGCGGAAGUUACGCUCUGUUUCUUCGCUUUGUACGCAGCAAGAUUGCCAUUAACUGGACCCAAGUCAUGGAUCAUCUCCUUAGGCUCAUCGAGACCGAGUCUAGUCUCCUAAUGGGGAUGAAUUACAUCCAGGAGCUGUAUCUGUACCUCCACAUAUUUCAAGUGCACUCAGUGGACGCAUUCUCGCGCCCACUUAACCAACACUACACUACUGCAGAGAAUGGAUUGGAGAGCUGGAAGCGCAUUUCCCCGGUCAUUUGCAUCACAUUAAAGGUGCCUCGGAAACAACUCAGAGCAACAACAAAUCUUGAGCCGACGGAGAUUGGCACACCAUGA